AUGGGCUGGAACCUCAAGUUGAAGAACAGCGACGACCGCCACGCCCUCGAGUCGACGACGCCGUCCACCACCAAGACGGUCUCCUGGCUUAAGGACCCGGGUCUCCGGCCGCUCAACUUCGGCCUCUUCUUCCUCCUCUUUGGCGACGUCGCCCACGGCUUCGACGGGUCUCUCAUCAACAACCUGCAGCAGAUCAACAAAUGGCAAGAAGACUUUGACCACCCGCGCAAGAGCCUCCUCGGCGCCCUCAGCGCGUCCUACUGGAUCGGCAACAUCCUCGGCGUCGUCCUCAUCCCCCUCGUCGCCGAUCGCCUCGGCCGCCGCAUCGCCAUCGCCGCCGGCUCCCUCCUCUGCAUCGGCGGCGCCGCCAUCUGCGCCGCCACCACCAGCAACGGCGCCUUCAUCGCCGGCCGCAUCCUCCUCGGCAUGGGCGGCGUCAUGUGCUCCUCCGUCUCGACCGUCCUCAUGACCGAGCUGGCCUAUCCCGCCCACCGCGCCACCGCCACCGCCCUCAGCAGCACCACCUACAGCGUCGGCGCCAUCCUCGCCGCCUGGGUCGCCUUCGGCAGCUUCCGCAUCGAAGAUUCAUGGGCUUGGAGAACGCCAACCUUGAUCCAGGCGUUUCCCUCGGCCAUGGUUCUGUGCGGACUUUUCUUUCUUCCAGAAUCACCCCGGUGGCUCUGCAGCAGGGGCAAGGAACAGACGGCGCUUGACAUCCUCGCAAAGUAUCACGGCGCCGGCAAUGUCGACGAUGCCGUUGUGCAGCACGAGUACGCCGAGAUCCGCGACACCAUCGAGGCCGAGAUCACGCAGAACAAGAACCCCUUCCACCUCAAGGCCCUGUUCGCGACCCCGGGCAACCGCUGGCGCUCCUUCAUCAUCAUCUGGUGCGGCAUUUGCAAGCAGUGGAGCGGCAAUGGCCUCGUCUCGUAUUAUCUCGGCUCCAUGCUCAAGAGCGCCGGCAUCACGAAGCAGAUUGAGACGACGCUCAUCACGGCCACGUCGCAGAUGUUCAGCUUCGCCUGCUCCUUCGCCUUCGCCUUCCUGCCGGCGCGCGUCGGCCGCCGUCCGCUGAUGCUGACGAGCAUGGCCGGCAUGUGGAUCGUCUUCGCCGUCAUCACCGCCACCUCGGGCGCCUACGUCGAGACGGGUAACCGUCAUGCCAGCUACACCACCGUCGCCUUCAUCUACCUCUACAGCGGCGUCCACAACCUAGGAUGGACGGGCGCCCAGAUGCUCUAUAUCGUCGAGAUCUUGCCCUACACCAUCCGCGCCAAGGGCAUGGCCAUGUUCUCCCUCGUCGCGGGCAUCUGCGGCGCCUUCAACACCUACGUCAACCCGCUGGGCAUCGCCGCCAUGUCGUGGAAAUUUUACUUCUUCUACGUCGGCUGGAUCAUUGUCCAGUUCGUCGUCGUCUACCUUGUCUUCCCGGAGACCAAGGGCCCGAGUCUCGAGCAGAUUGCCCUUUUGUUCGACGGCAAGGAUGCUCAGGUUGGCAGGGUCAACGCCGUCGCCGACGAGAUGCUCGACGAGAAGGAGGGCGGCGUUGCGGUAGAGACCAGGGAGAGGCAGUAG